CACAAAUCAAUCCCGGUCGAUCUCCGCCGCCGCCGCCAUGAAUCCGGCAGGCGCUGAGGCAGCUGCUGGCAAGAAGUCCCGACACAAGGACAAAAAGGAAAAUAAAACGAAGCGCAAAGACACCACGGAGCACCACGGCGGCGAGCCCGAGGACGAAGCCGUCCACAAGAAGAAGAAGAAGAAGCAUACGUCGGAGAAGGGGGACCCGAAACGGAAGCCGACGGUGAGCAUCGCCAUCGCUGGCUCCAUCAUCGACAACGCCCAGUCCCUCGAGCUCGCCACCCUCCUGGCCGGUCAGAUAGCCCGCGCGGCGGCCGUAUUCCGUAUCGACGAGAUCGUUGUCUUCGACAGCAGCCUGCCGGAGGAGAACGGCGGUGGCGCCGAAGAUGAAGAGGAGAGCGGUGCACGGUUUCUUAUUCGCAUACUGGAGUAUUUGGAGACACCGCAGUACCUGCGCCGCAGGCUCUUCCCAAUGCACAAGAACUUCAAAUAUGUGGGGUUGCUUCCGCCGCUGGAUGCGCCACACCAUGUGCGCAAGCAUGAGUGGUCUGAAUUUCGUGAAGGUGUAACAUUGGGCGGGGAUCGUUCAAAGGGCACACAGGUUGAUGUUGGGCUAAGUAAGAAUGUUUUGGUUGAGCAAAUCCUAGAACCAGGGAAAAGAGUAACUGUAGCCAUGGGAACCAACAGGGACAUUACAACAGAUUGUGUCAGGAAAGUCGUUCCGCCAUCCUCACCCAGCGAAGAAAUGGGAUCAUAUUGGGGCUACAAAGUCCGCUACGCUUCAAAUUUGACUGGUGUUAUCGACGGUUCACCAUACAAGGAAGGAUAUGAUCAUAUCAUUGGCACUUCAGAGCAUGGCGAAACCAUUAUUUCAUCUGAGUUCAUCUUGCCUUCAUUUAGGCAUCUUUUAAUUGCGUUUGGUGGGCUGGCUGGUCUGGAAGAGAGCAUCGAAGAAGACAUAAAUCUGAAGGGCAAAGGUGCGAAAGAUGUAUUCACAUCUUAUUUGAAUACUUGCCCGAACCAAGGUAGCAGAACAAUAAGGACAGAGGAGGCACUUCUCAUAUCCCUUCAAUACUUCCAAGACCCCAUUAGGCGAGCAGGAUAGCAAAUUAGAAGGUUGUAUACAGACAUCUGCAGAUCCAACGUGGCUCUUAUGGAAGGGAAGCUUGUGUGCUAGGGAAUUUGAGUGGCAUUGGCGGAGUUUGUUCACUGAAUCUGUUAACCCAUGCGCAUAUGCGACAUUGAAUCAUCCAACGGAGAAUUUGUUAGCUCUAAAGAACAUCUUUGUACUCCUUGUUGGGCGCUGCAUUGACCGAAACUUUUUGUUUCAACAACAUUGACCAAAACUUUAUAGGGAAAACUUACCUUAGCCAUUUCACCGGAAGGGGGAAGAUUUGUAGUUUCCCAUUUUGGUCCAUCUAAGUUUCCUGCUUGGGCUGUAUUAUCACCAUAGUUUUACGAAGAUUGUUGUUUGUAGGACUGCUUUUAACGCUUGAAAUGGACAUGGAAUGUUGAGUCGUCA